AUGAGCCACACUAUUAAGCAAUUGGAAGAUUUACCUCAUGAAAUUCUUACUGAAAUAUUUGAAUAUAUCGAUGCUCCGAAUCUUUUUCGAAUAUUUUCCAAUCUUAAUGGUCGUUUAAAUAAAAUUGUGAAAUCUCUGCACACUCUUCAUCUUUCUCUAACAACAACAGAUGUUCAUCAAAUUUGUGCUUAUAAUCGUAUUGCUCCACAUAUUAAGAUUCUAUGUAUUUAUGGACUAGCUCAAUUAAAUUUAAAAUACUUCACAAAUAUUCGUCGACUUAUUCUUAUACAAGCAUCCGAUGAACUUGUUGAACAGCUCGGAGUCAUUCGUCUUAAAUCCUUAGAACAUCUUACUAUUUUCUUAGACAAUCGUCAAGAAGAAGAUUGUUUACCUUAUCUUUGGAAUCGAAUAUUUAUAUAUGAUUAUCCUGCUUUAAUAUCUUGUUGUUUGUAUAAAAUAAAUUUAAAAUGGACAAAUUCACAAUGGAGAAUGAUGCCAUCAUUAUCUAUACUAAAGAUUGAAAACAUUGAUCUACUUAUAUAUGAAUCGAUUCUAUCAUCGUGUCCUAAUUUGUAUUUUUUCAAGUUUACAAGAUUAACAUCUAAGUAUGAAUCAAAACAAAUUAGACAACAUCUGAAUUUAAAAAAAUUAGUUAUCGUCAUACCGUGGUUUGAAGAUCUUUCACAUGAUUGUCAUUCGCAUAAAUACUUUUCUUAUGUACCAAAAUUACAACAACUUAUUGUUCAUCGAACCAAUGAAAGUAAAAGUAUAGAUGAAGCUUUUUUAAAAUUUGAUUGGUAUAUAACAGCUUUUAAUCAAUAUUUACCAUCACUCUGCCGUUUUGUUUAUUAUUUUCACAUAUUAAAAUCUGAUCGAUUAGUAAAUUCCGCUACGCAAAAUAGAUUUGAUCAAAUUCAAGAAAAUUUUAAUUUGGCUCAUCGUCGUUUAUGUCAACGUCGAUUAAUUCUUGAUUUUAUAGGAUAA